UAGCAUUGAUGCCAACACCAUCGAGGCUCGAGAGAUCCAUCAGCUUGAGCGUCGUCACGAAGGGAGCUACUCCUGGUGUGGUAUCCAGGCAAGCAACUAAAAAGUAGUAUAGCUUUGAUGAUGACGCCAAAUGGAAACAACAGAUCAGCUGCACGCCCCACAUCGCUGCCGGCGUCAACCUCUUUUGGCAGCCGCAUGACUACUCCGUCCUGCCUGGUGCAGGACUGGUCGCGGCAAGCUAUGAUCCCCCUGCCAUGACUGGCUUUGCACUUCGAGGUGGAAUCCUUCAUAUGAACGGUACCAAUUUCAACCUCACUCUCGAGCUCCAAGUCGCCAGUGAUGGCAACAUCCUGGGAGUCGGCAUCUCAUCGUUGGACAUCAAGGGAGCGCCCUCUCCGAAAUCGCCGGGCUUUGGCUUCCAGUGCAGUAGCGAUCCUACUCAGCAGAACAAGAUUACUAUCCCGGCGGCUUGAGCACUCACAAGCUCUCGCUGGGAUAUCGCCGCUCUUGACUUGUACGCUUGCUGUACUUUCAUAAGACGCGUCUUCUCGAAGAACA